CCUCCCCUAAGAUAUCGUUAAUUAGUUUAUGUACUUUGCAGCAUUGGAGCCAGAGCUUCAACCUUCCAGAGUUGCCUUGGCGCAGAGUCCCACAGUUGGUCGCAGUCCUACCCUGUUCUGUCUCUGUGAUUUCCCGACCGUUUUUCUGACUUGAAAAGCAAGAUUGUCCUGCAUUCACAGAGUGAGCGUGAGAGAGAGAGAGAAUGGCUAGCAAGUGUGGCUCAUGUGGUCCAGGUUACAGCAGCCCGCUCGCGGCGAUGAAAGGGCCACGGGAGGAGAUUGUUUACCUGCCCUGCAUCUACCGAAACACGGAUGUCAACAAACCAGACUACUUGGCAACAGUGGAUGUGGAUCCCAAAUCACCCACCUACUCCCAGGUCGUUCACCGUUUGCCGAUGCCCAACCUGAACGACGAACUCCAUCAUUCCGGGUGGAACACCUGCAGCAGUUGCUACGGCAACCCGUCCAAAAGCCGGGACCGCCUGAUCCUGCCGGCCCUGAUCUCCUCCCGGAUCUACGUGGUGGACGUGGGUACAGAGCCGCGGGCGCCCAGGCUGCACAAGACAGUGGAACCAACGGAUCUGUUCUGGAAGUGCGAUCUGGCCAAUCCACACACGUCCCACUGCCUGCCUAGCGGGGAGGUGAUGAUCAGUUCCAUCGGGAACCCGAGUGGGAACGGCAAAGGUGGUUUUGCGCUGCUGGAUGGCGAGACGUUUGAGGUGAAGGGGAACUGGGAGCAAGAGGGAGAGGCAGCGGAGUUUGGCUAUGACUUCUGGUACCAGCCCCGGCACAAUGUCAUGUUCAGCUCGGAGUGGGGAGCUCCCAAAGCCUUGGCUGGCGGAUUCAACUUGGACGACAUCGCGGCUGGCCUGUACGGACACUCGCUUCACGUCUGGGAUUGGACCGAGCGCAAGCGGAUACAGACCAUCGACCUCGGUGAAGACGGCCUCAUACCGCUGGAGAUCCGCUUCCUCCACGACCCCGAUGCGGCCGAAGGGUUGGUCGGCUGCGCUCUGAGCAGUUGCGUCUUCCGCUUUUACAAGACCAAGAAAGGCGACUGGGCUGCAGAGAAAGUUAUCAGCAUUCCCAGCAAGAAAGUGGAAGGCUGGGUAUUGCCAGAUAUACCAGGUCUGAUCACCGACAUCCUCAUCUCCCUGGACGACCGUUUCCUGUACUUCAGUAACUGGCUCCACGGAGACAUCCGGCAGUAUGACAUUACGGACAUCAGGAAUCCCAAGCUAGUCGGGCAGGUGUUUAUCGGAGGAAGCGUUUUGAAGGGCGGGCCGGUGAAAGUGCUUGAGGACAAGGAAUUGGAUAGUCAGCCCGAACCCCGAAUCGUCAACGGGACGUGGAUUUAUGGUGGACCGCAAAUGAUCCAGCUCAGCUUGGAUGGAAAACGUAUGUACGUGACCACAUCGCUGUACAGUGGAUGGGACAAACAAUUCUACCCUGACAUGGUCAAGAAAGGUUCGGUGAUGCUACAGGUCGACGUGGACUCGGACAAGGGAGGCCUAACCGUCAAUGAGAACUUCCUCGUGGACUUCGGCAAGGAACCUGAAGGGCCAGCGCUUGCCCACGAAAUCCGAUACCCUGGCGGAGACUGCUCUUCUGACAUUUGGCUGUAGAUUAAUUUUCAGAUUCACCGAGAGGGAAGCAAAUACGAAACUUUUUUUUUUUUUUUUUCAUUUCACAAUCACAAUCAGUUUUAUUAGUGACGCCCAUCGGGCAACUGAAUGGAUAAUUGAAAGAAGCCAAUUCGACGUAUUCCUAGUCAUUUUUGAUUCCUUUUUUUUCAUGAACUUUUAACUGGGAGACUUUUGACUGAGCGGGUGGACAAAAAAAUGCUGGAGAAACUCAGCGGGUGAGGCAGCAUCUAUGGAGCGAAGGAGUAGGUGACGUUUCGGGUCGAGACACUUCUUCAGACAAAUUGUGACAAAUUGAGUGAGUGGGACUGAUCAACCACACAAACGUGGAGAUACGAGGAACUGCAGAUGCUGGUUUGCCAAA